UGUUUGAGUUGGUUUACGUUCAUUUACUCCAAGAUGAGCGAUUCCGAAUUCGAAGUACUACGAGGAUGCGUUCGACAAGCUGCUCAACCAGAAAUUCAGUCACUUGUACGGCAUCUCCAGUUUGGCGAUGCACAGGAAAAGGAAGACGCGUCGAUACUCUGUUCUUGCUUAGCAACUCGAGGUGAAGGGGACAGACUGCGGAAUGCUGGAGUACUGGCACCUCUCGUUGCUCUCCUGUUGAAUGGUACGGCCAACCAGAAGCUUUGGUCGGCUGAGACGUUGGGGACUAUGGCCAGCAACAACGACGAGAACUGCGUGGCGAUCGCUCGAGAGGGAGCCAUCCCGCCGUUAGUAUCAUUGCUACGGUCCGGAACGGACAUGCAGAAGCAGGAGGCGGCGUACGCUCUCGGCAACCUAGCGGCUGAUAACGACGAGAACCGCGCUACAAUCUCACGUGAAGGAGCCAUCCCCCCUCUGGUGGCAUUCGUGAAAGUGGUGACGGAUGCACAGAACCAGUGGGCGGUGUACGCUCUCGGGGCGCUUUCGUUAAAUAACGAGGCGAAUCGCGUUGCGAUCGCGCAAGAAGGAGCCAUUCCGCCGCUAAUUUCGUUAAUUCAAUCGGGUACAAGUGCUCAGAAGCAGUGGUCCGCCUACACUCUAGGCAACCUGGCGUAUAACGACGACAACCGAGACAAGAUCACGCUAGAAGGAGCCAUCGCACCUCUAGUGAAGCUUCUGCAGACUGGGACAGAUGCUCAGAAGCAGUGGAGUUCAUAUGCUCUUGGGAACUUGGCUUGUGAUAACAGCGCGGUAGCUGAAGCGAUCGAUCUGGACGACGCUAUUCUGCCGCUCGUGGAACUCGUUCGAUCAGGGUCGGACGCUCAGAAACAGGAAGCCGCCUACACUUUGGGCAAUCUAGCAGCGUGUAGUGAUGACAACCGCGAUGAGAUCGGUCGAGAUGGAGCCAUUGCGCCAUUGAUCGAGCUCCUUCGCGUUGGGAACAACGACCAGAAGCAGUGGACGGCCUACGCGCUUGGCUGCAUCGCACACAACAGCGACGCUAACCGUGUUGAAAUCGUGAAUAAAGGAGGUUUGCAACCACUCGUGACGCUUGUACUGUCGGGAACGGACGAGCAGAAAACGCAAGCUUUGCGAGCGCUGGGGAACCUGGCAAGAGCCGAUGACAACAACAGCAAUGUGGUAAAGCGAACGCUGCAGCUGCUCUACGAAAGCUUGCCAGCAGUAAUGAAGACAACUGUGAAACGAUUGUUCAUGACGGAGCCAUUCCGCUACUGGAAGAACUGA